AUGCCUUUUACCUCCCACAAUGCCUUUCACUCGCACCCUCCUCUCCUUGGUGGUGGACUUUCAGCUGCUGAGCGUGUGCUUGCUCAUGCCCUGGGAGAGUUGGGCUUUCCUAAGGGCAUAAUGGUGCCAGUGGUUCUGCCUUUGGGUUUCCCCCGUCAGGCCAGUGAUGGACGGUGGUGGGUUCGGACGGUUCUGCGGUCGCCCUCUCCUCCCCUUCCUAGUCUUGGCCAGUUCUGCUCCCAGAGAUCAGGGCCUGUUUUCGGCAAGGCCAUUGGAAGGAGCACUGUCCUCCAAUUUGCUCUUCUUCUGGCAGGGGUCCUGAGAUCCCCUAUAAGAAGAGUGGGGUGA